UCACGUGACGGCAUUUGUUGUGUGCGCUCGGCUGCUGCGCUGCAAUGUCAUCAUCAUCAUCAUCUUCAGCGUUAUUACUGCCCUUAUGAGUGAUAUUUCCCGAGCGAAUUCAUCGGUGACCGCGAGCAUUUACUCAAUGUGUUCCGCCUGAAAGACACGAUUUUUAGCCCGAUGCAGGACGGAGAGACUGUAAGGUUGUGAAGCACCGUGAAGUAAAAAAUGGCCGUGUGGCAACAGUUUGGAUUGCUCCUCUGGAAGAACUACAUUCAGCAAAAGCGUCAGAUCCUGGUCACACUGGUGGAAAUCGCUCUGCCGCUGCUCUUCUCUGCUAUCCUAAUCGUCCUACGGCAGAAAGUGUCGUUCACCAACUACCCGAAUGCCACACACUACCAAAGCUUCCAUCUGAACGGCCUGCCGCCUCUGUUGUGCUACCAGGAGCUGCAGCUGGCAUACGUGCCAGCAAACGCCAGCGUGGUGCAGCAGAUUGCAUGGGACGUCCAGCAGAACCUGCAAUCAUGCAUCAAAAACGUUCGUGGCUUUGAGACAGAGGAGCAGUUUGAGGAGUUUGUGAAAACUAAUCCAGAGUCGGGCAAGAUCUUGGCAGCCAUUGUGUUUGAGCAUCCAUUCAGUCACGAUGAUGAGCCACUUCCUCUGCAGGUCAGCUAUCAUCUGCGCUUCACGUACAGCCCCAGAAAUGCUCCGGCCCGAGAGAAGUCUGAGCUCAACCCUAACAAUGACAUGGACUGGCACACGCUCAGCCUGUUCCCGCUCUUCCAGAUGCCCGGACCCCGAGAACAACACGACCCUCAUGGGGGAACGCCAGGUUAUUACCGUGAGGGUUUCCUUCAGGUCCAGUACGCGGUGGACAGAGCAAUCAUGAUGGCCUACAACAGCAGCGCGGCGAAAGCUCUCUUCAAGCAAACACAAGUGCUGCUGUCCCGAUUCCCUUACCCAGCGUUCAUCUAUGACGUCUUCAUCCUGGCCAUCCAGAACCAGUUGCCCCUGCUGCUCGUGCUCAGCUUCACCUACACGGCACUGAACAUCGUCCGCGCUGUCGUGCAGGAGAAGGAGAGGAAGCUGAAGGAGUACAUGCGCAUGAUGGGUCUCAGUAACUGGUUGCACUGGAGUGCCUGGUUCCUCAUGUUUUUCCUCUUCCUCUCCAUCUCCAUCUUCUUUGUGACCGUGCUCUUCUGUGUGAAGGUGAGUCCUAAUGGAGCGGUGUUGACUUAUAGUGACCCGACGCUGGUGUUUGUUUUUCUGCUGGUCUUCGCCAUUUCCACUAUAAACUUCAGCUUCAUGAUCAGCGUCUUCUUCUCUAGAG